AUGGAGUUGGAUUUUAACCUGAGUGAUCCUCUCCUCACUGAUGCUACUCUUGAUGUAGCCCUGGGAAAUUAUUUGAGUCCAUGUGAUUUUCUAAAUUUUCCUGACUCCCCCCUCCUAAAAGACGAUUUCCAAACGGAAGUUGAGCCUAAUACUGCAGCAGAUCAAUUUUGCGACACGAUGAUCGCUAAGCUUGACAAUAUGGAUUAUGAGGAAGAGCACAACUAUGCCGCUUUCAGUCCUUUAACAAGUUCUCUGAAUUCGGGCAGCAUUGGUUCCAACAGUCCUAUGGGUUCUACAAGCCCAACUAAUACUAACAGCUCAUCAGAAUCCGGCUAUCCCCUCGAUAUUUUGGAAGCAGCCAGUAACGAGCUGUUGGAUUACUCCAGUGAUGUCAUGUUCUCGCAGCCGUCCUCGUUUAAUAAGUAUCCCAUGAGUAGCAGCAGUAGUUCAAGCUCGAGUUCGUGCUCACUUUCUGUGAAAUCUAACCCUGUUCAAUACAAAACAGUUUCAAGCCAACAGAGAAAAACAAAUGCACCCUCUCGAUUUUACACCUCACAACGGCCAGUUGUUAAUCGUUUCAAUAAGCCAAGUAUACGUGGGUCUCCUACAAAUCCUGCUAACAUAUCGCUAAAAUCAAACUCAUGCACACCAAUUUCUCAAGCAACUGGGAGCAAUAUCAAUGGACAAGGCAGUAGCGCCACCAUCAAGCCGUCCUUAACAGGUGAACGCCAGCGCAAGUAUCCAGCUCUAGUUUUAACAGAUGAAGAGAAACGUCUAUGUAAGAAAGAGGGGAUUGUCUUACCAGAAUAUUACCCAUUGACCAAAGCUGAGGAGCGUGAUUUGAAAAGGAUUCGAAGAAAAAUCAGAAACAAACGCAGUGCGCAAACUAGUCGCAAGAGAAAACAGGACUAUAUUGAGCAACUGGAAGAUAGAGUAUCUGAUUGCACUCAAGAGAAUCAGCAAUUGAAGGAGCGUAUUGAUGUAUUAUCUCGCCAAAAUCAAUCCGUAAUGAUGCAACUACGUAAGCUGCAGGCAGCUAUUGCGCAGAGCACUCGCCGUGGAACUCAAGCUGGAACUUGUUUAGCGGUCAUCAUACUGUCCAUAUGUUUGUUAGUGGCGCCAAAUCUGAAUCCAUUCAUGCGCCAAGAGGGGGAAGCUAUAGAAUCCGAAGAAGCUACCAGAGCUCUUGCACGCUCCUCGAAUAACCUGAGUUUGAAUGAAGCUGGAGUUGCAGCGAAACCCAUCUACGGCAGAAGCCGCACUCUUAUGGAGUACGUACCACGAUCCGAGAACCGAUCGUGUAAUGGAGCUGACGUUAAUGCUCCCGCUCCAGUAGUAUCUGGCGAACCUCGUGUCAGUCUUAUAGGACAGAAACGUACAACUCAGGUAGUUGUACAGCAGCCUCCAGUACGUCGCCGAGCAUAUAUGGCUCCAGAUCGAACUAAUGAUUGUCAAGGCUGCGAAUUCUUGUUAUCAUGA